AUGCAUCACGAAUUACUUUCAGCCUUAUGCGGUGUUUCGGGUGAUUUAUUUAAUCCUUAUCCACCUCAGCCUAGUAUUCCUGUACUCUUUAAAAUACCACCAGACUUCAAUUUUCUACACGAAUCGGAACGUGACGCGCUGGAGCGACUUGCUGAAUUGGGCUUUCAUUAUCGUUGUAUUGUUAGUUUUAUAAAUAAAUAUCGCGGCAUAAAUUCUGCUGUUUUCAUUAGCACAAUAGAAACUGAAACUUUUCUUCGUGGCUCUUUUUCUGACGCUUUGUGUAACGCGCUCAAUGCCGUCCUUUCUGAGUAUCAACAACUUGUCUUCGAAUCAGAAGAUUAUAUUCUUGAGGAGGACGGAGUGAUACCCGUUGCUCAUAUGGUUUCAAGAUUUUCAGACUAUCAUGUGAUUUUAUCAACGCUUCAUGAACUUGUGGAUGAAUUAGAAGCGAAUCCAAUCAAAUAUUUUGGAUGUCGUAUUCUCAACUUGUUAGUUGCAAAGUGCAAGACAGGAGUUCCGAAACUUCGUGAAAUAAUGUUCAAACUUGUACAUGCUUGUCAUCUCGUUAUGUAUCAGCAUAUAUCCUCCUGGAUGGUUUAUGGGUAUUUGCAAGAUUCAUUUGGUGAAUUUUUCAUCAAGGAUGAAUCCAUUAUAAACAAGCAGCAACAACAGAAAUCACAAGAAGUAUUCUUGGAUGAAGAAGACAACGAAAAGCGAAGGCAUCAAGAAUUUUUCAUUGAUGAGUCAUUAAUUCCUAACUAUAUACCUCAUAAGAUUGCAGACUCUAUUCUAUUUGUCGGAAGGGCAAUCGCGACUGUAAGAAAUGCAGAUCAUUCAUACCGUAAUAAAAGCAUGUUGCCUCGUAACUUAAGUUCGAUGCAUCUUCAAUAUUUAUUGGAACUUUCAUCUAAACCCAUUUUCAAUGAUUCUGAGUUAGACAAUAUUAUCAGUAUUAUAAGGAAUAAUGUGGCUCAAUGGUUAUGGCAAGUAGUAUUGACAGGAGAUAGGGUCAUUGAAUGCUUGGAAGCUUUCAGAAAUUACUUCUUAUUGGGUCAAGGUGAUUUUGCACUUUCUCUUAUACAACAAUUUGAGAAACUGAUAAAUUCACGAUUGAUAUCAACACGAGCGCCUAUUGUUAAAGAGCAAGAAUUAAACUCUCUGCUUGUUCUUGCUUCUGUGGGAACUUUAGCUGAAAAUGAUCUCAUACUUGAAAAAUUCAGAUUCAGACUGGUGAAUUCCGAUGAUCAAAAAAGAUCAUCGACGAGUAUUUUAUUUGAUGAUAUAGUGAUUGGAAUUCCUCUUAGACUAGAAUAUCAAGUAAAUUGGCCAUUGGAUUUAUUUGUUACUUCUGAAGAUCUGAUGAAGUACGGAGACUUGUUCUCAUUCUUAAUAUCAUUGAAACGCACGCAAUAUCGUCUACAUAAAGCGUGGGUGCAUCUUUCGACUCUACGUAAAUCAAUUGAUUCAAGAAAUAAUAGCGAGUUACCAUUAACAACAUGGAGAAUACGAGCAUCAAUGAUGUUUUUUGUUGAAUGUAUAUGGAGCCAUGUACAGAUGGAUAUCAUAGAAUCCAAUUUCCAAAAAUUGAUUCAUCAAAUAAGCGUUUCAUCUGCACGACAUGCUUCCUCACAUUCAUCAAAUCAAACUCCUAGUACUCCAAUUUCAAUCAUAAAUCCAGAAAUAAUGAAAUUCAAAGAACAAAAACCCGAUACUAAAACGGAAUCUCUUCAGGAUUUUGAAGAAAUCCGAUUAGGACAUCAAUCUUAUCUUAAUGAUAUCCAACGAGGAUGUCUUCUUGAAUCACGUGUAUGCGCGGAAACAAUUAAAAAAGUGCAGAGUAUAUGUGAUCGUUUUUGUGCGAUACUAGAAAGAUGGGAUGGGCGAAAAGAUGAUGAAAGAUUAAAUCAAAUUAAUCAAUUAAAUGGGGCGUUUCGUGAUCAAGUGAAUUUCUUAUUUCGAACACUUUCUGGAGUUAAUCAGACUCCUGAUGGGAUUGGUGGACCUCCAAGACAUUUGGAUCAAUUACUAUUGCGCUUGGAUUAUAGCAAGUGGUUCUCUAAUGUCACAACAGCAGCAAUUGCCAACCUCAGAACACCUGAGAAAUCACUAACCAGCGCAAAAAGUAAAAAGAGUGGUGGCUCUGGCUUCAGUUCUGGAGGAGGGGGUGGGAAUACUACGACCACUACGACUAGCAUAGAACGUAGUACUGGUAGCAAGAAAACCAAUACUACUGACGCAACUGCUGCUGCUUCACAUACUGGCACUACGUUACGUGCCAUUGAUAAACAACGACGGACAGUAUUCAAGGCGGUAUUAGACUCGCCAUUUACUAUAACCUGGCCUACUAUAUCAAAACCAGAUUUAGAAAUUAUUUUGGAAGCUUUAUGCAGGGUGUUAUCAUGUAUCGGUGAAUAUCGUCUCAAAAAGCGAUCAUAUAAAAGAUCGGUCAAUAAAAAAAAGAAGCAAGCACUGAUAAAUAAAAAAGAGAAAGAGGAGGACCGAAAGGAAAUAGAACCUCCUAAUAAUAACAAUGAGCUUAUUACUACUAGUGACUAUAUGGAUAUGGAUGUGGAUGCGAUCAAUGAAAAAAACACGUCAUCCGAAUUGGCUCAAUUAUCGUCGUCAAUAUCUAAACAAAAAGAAGUGAAUAUUUCAAUUUCUUCUCCUGCUUUUGAAGAACCACCUUCGAUUUUUUUUUCUGACAUCACACCUGGUCAUCUGUACGCUCAUCUACCAACCAUGGCAAGCAUACACGGAGGGAAUCUCUUACUUGUUCCAUUGCCAAAAGGUGCAUUACAACGACUAGGAAAAGUGACUGGGAUGAAAUCAGUUUCAUGUAUUGGAGUUUUAGCAAAUGAUGCGCCUGAACUGAAUACUCUUUACGAACUUGUAAAAAGCAAAAUAGAACCAGUUAGAGCUUCUUGGUUGGAUCCUAUUCGAAAAACAUUUGUGCGUAAACGAAAGUUUGAGGAAGAGGAGGAUCGAAUUAACAAUAACAUGACAGCUUCAUCUGAAAGUGUCAUAAAGGAUGCUGCCAGCAUCGUCUCGGCAAAUAGUAAUAAUGUUUAUGUGUCUACUAGAAUAAAACAGCUUAUAACAACUGCACCAAUAAGGAACCCGAGGAAAGGGAAGGAAAAAGAAAAAUCUGUUUCACAAAAAAAUACUCAACAGCAGCAAAAAGUUAGCGAUAAUAACAAUAAUUCACAACAAAAGAACCCUAAAAAGAGGAACCACAACCAAAACAAUCACAGAAAUAAACCCAAUUAA